AUGAGCAGGCUUCCCCCCGGUGGCUUCGGGGAAAAGGACCCGCGAUUCUACGGAAGAGCACCUCCCCAACCACGCCCGAUGCGGCCAUCCCAAGAUCCAUACGGCCAGCAGGCGCCGCCGCCGCCUCGCCCGAGCAGCAACAGACCUCCCCCGCCAGGCGGUAACCAAUAUCAACAAUCUGGUGGGCAGCGGAACAGACUCCAACUACGUGUCGACACCCAGGAACGGAUCGAGGCCGCCUCCAAAGAACUACUUUGGCAAUACCACAAGAACAACAUAGCUGCGGUGAACUCCCAGGAUUGGGGGCUGAGCGACGGCGAGACCGGCUACCUCAAAGUCUCCUUCGAGAGAACCGAGUAUGUUAUCACAGUCAGGCCAUUCGCUGGCGUCGAGCCGGGCUGCAUCUGGUUCGGGCUACCCCACCGCAACACCUUCAGGGUAGCUAUCAAAGACGUCGUGACCGCGGAGGCUUUCAACCCCAUCGAACUUGGGCCAAAGGGCUAUCUGGGCUCAUUGGAUGUUGCGAUCGCGUAUGCCAAGGUCCUCAACAACCCACCCUCGGUUGUCAAACAUCAAGACCUCCAGGAUGCCUUCAUCAGAGCCUUUCAAGGCCAGAUCUUCGCCCCUGGUCAGGAACUGAUCAUGUAUAUUGGGAACGGGACAAUCCCCUGCAAAUGUUCUGUGAGGGGAGUCACCUUGGUCGACCAACCCCUCGACAAAACCGCCAAGGCAGGGCAGGCCUCAGCACUCAUGGGUUCCUCCGAGGAGGACCCUCUCGCAAGAGGUCUCUGCGGCGAACACACCAAAGUCUUCUUCCAAAAGGACGCAGUGCCAACAGGCUCAAAAGUUCCACUCAUGAAUCUGACCGGCGCGCCGAAACGGGGCGCCAAUGCCGUCGUGCGGCCUGAUUUCGAUUUUGCGACCCUGGGAAUCGGCGGUCUAGAUGAUGAAUUCGCAACCAUCUUCCGCCGGGCCUUCGCUUCCCGAAUAUUCCCACCUGACGUUAUCGAGCAGCUGGGUAUAAUGCACGUCAAGGGAAUGCUCCUCUACGGCCCACCUGGCACCGGCAAGACCUUGAUUGCUCGUCAGAUCGGAAAGAUGCUUCAAGCUCGAGAACCCAAGGUCAUCAACGGCCCUGAAGUCCUGAACAAGUUUGUCGGUCAGUCCGAGGAAAACAUCAGGAAGCUAUUCGCAGACGCGGAAAAGGAAUACAAGGAAAAGGGCGAUGACAGCGAGCUUCACGUUAUCAUCUUCGAUGAGUUGGACGCUGUCUGCAAGCAAAGAGGCUCGGGCGCGGGUGGCGGCACCGGCGUGGGAGACAGCGUGGUGAAUCAGCUGCUCAGCAAGCUGGACGGCGUGGACCAGCUGAACAACAUCCUUCUCAUCGGCAUGACGAACAGAAAGGACAUGAUUGAUGACGCGCUUCUGCGACCUGGCCGUCUCGAAGUCCAAGUCGAGAUUAGCCUUCCCGAUGAGAAAGGUCGGCAGCAAAUCUUGGGAAUCCACACAAACAAGAUGAAGCAAAGCGGAAGACUUGCAAGUGACGUGAAUUUGGCAGAACUCGCCAGUUUGACCAAGAACUUCUCCGGUGCCGAGAUCAACGGCCUGUGCAAGAGCGCGGCAUCAUUCGCUUUCAACAGGCAUACCAAGGCAGGGUCCAUGGCCGGUAUAUCAAGCGACGCGUCAGAGCUCGUGAUCACCCAGCAGGACUUCUUGGUUGCGUUAUCCGAAGUCACACCAGCAUUUGGUGUGUCUGAAGAUGAGCUCACCAAGUCCAUGGUCUAUGGCAUUAUACGAUUCUCAUCCAAUAUUGAAAGGAUCAUCCAGUCCUGCCUGAUUUACAUCGAUGGCCUCCGCAGCGAGACCACCAAGUUGCCUAACGUCUCCCUACUGUUUCAUGGUCCCAGCGGGAGCGGAAAGACCUCACUUGCCGCAUACAUUGCCAAAAUGUCUGACUUCCCCUUCAUCAAGGUCAUUUCUCCCGAACUGCUUGUUGGGUAUCGGAGCGAGAACGCCAAAAGUGACCAAAUCCACAAGUACUUCACAGACGCUUUCAAAUCGCCCUUGAGUAUCCUGAUCAUAGACGACAUCGAAGGUCUCAUCGAGUGGAACCCCGUGGGUCCGCGCAUGUCAAACACAGUUCUUCAAACCCUGAGGGCGCUGCUCCGCACGAUUCCACCCAAGAACCACCGCAUUUUGGUCAUGGGCACCACCUCGCGGCGCGGCGUGCUCCAGCAGCUCGACUUCACGGACACGGUGUUCGACAAGGAGAUCGCCGUGCCCAGCCUGAGCGGGCUGAACGAGCUGGAGCUGGUGCUGCGCGAGCAGCAGACCUUCCGCGACGGCGCGUCCAUGGUCGAGGCCAUGAACCUCGUCGCCGAGGCCACCCAGGGCUCCAACCAGGUUGGUGUUGGCAUCAAAGACAUUCUUAAGAUCGCCGAGAGUGCGAAGGCCCUCGACGAGGACACCAAGGCUAGCUGGUUCGCCGAAGAGAUGCAGGUCUUGAUGUCUAGGGGUUUCUGA